GGCUGUUCCCAACUCCAGCCUUGGCACACUUCUCGACCCACGGACCAUCCGCAUUGGUGUUGCCCUUCGACUUGCCGCCCCUAUUCUCGCCAAACAUAGGUGUAUUUGUGGCAGUGAAGCAGCAGACCGAUUCGGGUACCAUGGUCUUGUGUGCCGUAAAUCUGAUGGAAAGAUUGCAAGACAUGAGGAAGUUAACAUUAUCAAGAGGAGCCUCACAACAGCCGGAUGCCCAGCAGUAAGGGAGCCACCCCAACUAUGCAAAUCUGAUGGCAGCCAGAAGCGUCCAGAGGGUAUCACACUUCAAGCCUGGACAGACGCGAGCAGAGUGUGUGCAGUGCGCGUGCCUCUGUCAUGAUAUACGAUGAUGUCAACAAAAAGUGGCUACCAUCCGGCACAUCAACUGGGCUCUCCAAAGUGCACAUCUACCAGCAUACUGUAAAUAACACCUUCAGAGUGGUGGGCAGGAAACUUCAGGACCAUGAGGUUGUAAUAAACUGUGCUAUCCUGAAGGGUCUAAAGUAUAAUCAAGCCACAGUCACCUUUCAUCAGUGGAGGGACAAUCGACAAGUUUAUGGUUUAAAUUUCUCCAGCAAAGAUGAUGCUGAUGCUUUUGCACAUGCCAUGCUCAAAGCACUUGAGGUGCUCAAUAAUGGGGGAAGUUUACGGCAAGUGCCUCCACCACCCCAACCUGCAGUGCCUACACAGCAGCAACCACAGCAGCAGCAGCAGCAGCAGCAGCAACAACAGCAGCCACAACAACAGCCACAACAGCAACAACAGCAGCAGCAGCCACCACCCAUGAUGACCCAACCACAGCAGCCUUCCCAGCCACAAUAUCACAACCAACUCUACGCCGAGGAGGACAUGGGGUACAGGUAUGCCGAUCCCCAUGCCUACAACAACCACUACGAGAAAACCUACGACAGGACCUACGACAACUAUCACCAUUACCAUGACACGCGGACAAUGACUCGAGAAGAUAUAGCUGUGAUGCAGGAGCGACGUAUGACUGGCCAACAGAACAUUUGUGCUCCUCCACCACCACCCGUACCUGCCGGCCAUCAUCGCACAAAUUCUGCCCCUAACCCUCCACCUGCAGUACCUCCAGCACCUCCUGCACCCACUUCCAGUGGCCCCCCUCCUCUUCCUAGUGGGGGUCCUCCUCCUUUGCCUUCUGGUGGGCCGCCUCCUCUUCCUAGUGGAGGACCCCCCGCACCUCCUGCACCUCCAAUGGGUGGCCCACCUGCCCCCCCAGCACCUCCAAUGAGUGGCCCUCCACCUCUUCCUUCAGGCGGGCCUCCACCUCCUCCAGCUCCCCCAGCACCUCCCAUAGGUACUGCUCCUCCACCCCCUCCUCCUCCUCCAGGGGGACUAGCCAGAUCACAGUCCUCUUCAGAUGAACCUUACGGCAACAGUGGACUAGCUGCUGCAAUUGCGGGUGCCAAAUUACGCAAGACUCGUGCUCCUGAUAGUGAGAGUACAGGUUCUAGUAGUUCAGGGGGUAGUAUUGGCCGGGGUUCUGGUGAACGGCCUGCAUUAGGAGGCAUGAUGAGCAUGAUGGAUGAGAUGGCAGCCACACUAGCACGACGCAGGGCUAAAAACAAGGACCCACCCUCAUCACCUACACAGUCACAGGUUAAAAAUACUUAUUGUAUAAUUACUGUUUUAAUGCUUGUUAAUAUUUAUAAUACAUUCACUGUGUAAAAAUCUCAAAUUACUACUCACAGGUUAAAAAUACUUAUUGUAUAAUUACUGUUUUAAUGCUUGUUAAUAUUUAUAAUACAUUCAUUGUGUAAAAAUCUUAAAUUACUACUCAUUAUAGUUGUAUGUUAAAUAACUCAGGAAUAUAGGUACAGUGUAUAGUGAAAUAGAAAAUGUAUGGGCCUUGAUCUGACCUCCUGAAUUGAGACAGAUAGAUUACCACUACAUAAGGCAGACUACUGAAAUUAAAAGAUUUUUAACCAGUACUCUUUACCUAGAGUCUACCUAGAGGUAGCUUUGAGGUCAAGCCUCCAUGACUCAAUGGAUGGUCUGAUCAAACAAGCGGUUGGAACUAGCUGUAUGCAGUCGACUGUAUGUAUCACAUCCUUGCUGAACUGAUUUGAGGAACUUGUCAAAUUUCCUAUUGAAGUCAGCCAGGUGUACUUGUAAUUUCCUGUAUGGAUGAAGGGAGGGUGUUGAAAAAUCUUGGUCCCAUUAUUCUUGUUGAGUUAUCUCAUGGUACCCUUGCUUUUUAAUCCUUUUCCUAGGGUUGUGAUAAGUUACUCUGUUUGUCACAAAUUAUUUUUUUUUUCAAAACUUUUACUGUUAGUGCUAGUGCAAGAUAAUAUUUGGACAUAUGACGUUUUAUUCUUAUACAGGAGGCCCCUCCUUCUACAGCAGGUUAGGUUCUGGACUACUGCUGUAAAGCAAAAAUUGCUAUUAAGUG